CCGGGCGCAGGCGGUGGAGCCGGGGCCGGAGGAGGGGGCUCCGGAGCCGAGCGCCCCGUGAGGCCGGCGCGCUCCAGAGGAGGCUCCUGGCGCGGGAGAGCAGCGCAAGGACAGGACAGGAGCAUGGGAAUGAAUGCCGGCUCGCCCGUUCCCUCCCUGUGCCCCUUGCCCUGCGCUGCCCCGGCAGGGCCGAGCCUCGGGGCUGCCGGCUGCGGUGUUCAGCUCGCCAGGAGGCAGGGCCAGGGGGCCCUCGGGGGUUUGGGGAGAGGCGCCCGAGUCCGGCUCCGGCUGCAGGAGACAAUGAGGCAGAUGUCAGGAGUGAGCCUCCUGUUGGGUAAUGAACGUGGAUUAGAAAGGAUAUGUCCUUACUGCUUCCAGUUCCUGGUUCCUGACAGCUACCGAGUGCGCCUCAAACCAAAGAUGAAAGUGACUCCACAGAUAGAGAAGGUCCUUAAACAAGAGGCAAAGAAUCAUAAGCUUAACAUGAAACAGACAAAGCUUUUGAGAAAGUACAGGGAGUCAAAAAGCAUUCUGCUGGUUACUUGCAAAUCUUGCAACAAAACAACAAGAUAUUAUGGUAAAAGCAGGGAUUUUCUGGCAGCCAAAACACAAAAUUGUGGCACUCCAGGUGUCAAAUCUAGCCUGAAGACACCAGAUGUAAAAAUUCAGUCUGCAAAGAAAAUGACACCUGUAAGCUGCAGUAGGUUGGGAUCUAAAGGGAACAGUCCCUCAUCACUUUCCAGGACACGUGAAUCUGGACAGACAACAACCAACUCUGCUUCCAAGACUCCCCGAAAUUCCAAAUUUCACUUUUCUAAGCUAAAACGGAUGCUUGACCUAGAAGAAAAAGAGAAAAACGAGAAGGCAGAUUUCAAAACCUUCUUGACUUUACUUUAGUUACAUUUUAUUUCAAAGUAAUAAAGAUUACAGCAAUAAAUAUUGCUCCAGUUUUAGUAAAUCAACAAAGUGAUUUCUUUAAAACUCAAGCUAACAUCCUGUACCUUGUGGAAGCAUAGCUCAUGUUUUUUAGAAGGAAGGUCUGUUUCUAAGGGGAGUGAUGGUCUGCCAGAGGGAGAAGUAAAGAUAGCCAGUUUAAUAUGCUUGGGAAUCUUGGACAUAUUUUGCAGUUUCUGAUGCCCCAAGAAUUAAAAAGCCAGGAUUUAUCCUUUGAGGAAGCUGAUGAUGGCCCCAUCAGGACC